UUACAACAUAACCCAUUUACCCAUUUUGAUCUAUCUGACCAUCCCUGAAGAAGAAAGAAAAUCUUGUUUUUUUUUUCUGAAAUCAGGCGAAAAUUAAUGAGCGCACGGAUGUCAUCCAUAAAAUUUACUUGCUGUGGCCUUACAAAAGAAAAGUAAUUAUGGAUGCGUGCAUUCUACUCGUGUAUUAAGAACCCAUUACCUUCAAACCACCGUAUGGGGUCAAAACUGACCCCAGGCGUGUAUUAAUAUGUGCCAAUAUCGCAUUUCUGGUCGAAAACAAAUUUCCUCCAAAAUGAGUUUGUGUAUAUGUCUUAAAACUUCUGAAAUGUUUUUAACGAGAUUGGAUUCUUGUUGAUUAAGUUAUCCUAGAAAGUUAAUGCAUGGUUUACGUUAACGUUUAUUUAUUCUGGACACGUAUUGAGUGUGAUCGCUCCCAGAGGUUAUUACCAGAGGUCAGAGCUUGACAAACUUGAACCCCAGCCAAAACCAGCCCGUACCUCGCGCCCGGAAAUUACGUCUACUUCCGUUUGAAACAACAACAACGUAACCCUUCAGAGGUCAACGUUCUGGUUGGCUGCCUCCUCCACUACGCUGCCAGCGCGUCGAGUGUACGGUUUGUUUACGGACUCUUUACGUUAGAUCUACUGGGAACCAUCGUUGGUGGGUAAGUGUGUGCAGAAGACAUGGCGUACGAACCCAAGGCUGUCCGCGGACUGGGCUGGGCUAUGGUGGUGCUGGGGUCCCUCAGCGUCACGCUAGGGGUCGCUGCAGACAUCCACUUCUCCGCUAGGGGCGUGGGAGCUGUGGGACACUUCAUCAGCGCACCUAUCUGGAGCGGGCUGCUGGUCCUUACGACAGGCAUUCUGGGUGUUAACAGCGCAAAGAAACCAACAAGUAAGUGCCUGAUCGUAGCUUUCAUGGUUGUGGGUAUAUUCGUUAUCCUGGCGUGUGUGUGCUGCAUCGCCAUAGCGGCAAUCGCAAUCGUGUGGAACCACUACGUGUACGGCUGCCGUCAGCACGACUGGCGCGCCUACUACAUUGCACAACAAGACUAUAAGAACAACCCGUCCCAAUACGAAGAACCAGACUUGUCGAAUUUCAAGGCCUACGACUGCAGGGCGUCCGCCAUCGGUCUUCACGCCACGAACAUCGUCCUGGCCGUGAUUGAGAUCGUGCUCGGGUUCGCGGUGUCCAUCAUGAGCUGCGUCGGGCUCUGCACCAUGCGACGCGGUGCGGGACAGACAGUGAUUUACGCUGCAGGGCCGGUACCGGACGGAACGCAGGGAAACACUGUGAUCAUGCAGGGAAACCCGGGUGUCCAGGGUAGUCAACCGCAGGUGUUCGUGGCCCAGAAUCCGGCCCAGGUGCCACCUGCCUACCAGGUGGAUUCAGCUGCAGCGCCAGGUGUGCAGGAAGAGAAGAAGGGCCCGAUACCUGCUGAUUCCGUGUGA